GCCUUAGCUGUGCUCCAGGAGGGCCCAGGUGCUGUGCCCAGGUGGGGGCAAUCAGUGCAGUCAGAAGACCUGACUUGCCCCACCCUGCCCUGCUGCCCUUCCCUUCUGUUCCUCUCCACCACAGGCCAGCCCAGAGCAGGGCUAGUAGGCAGGCUGUUUUCUUUUAAGUGGAAUGUGUCCAUGUGGAACUAAGAGUGAAAGGAUAAUGCAUCUUGAACUGAAUGAGAGUAUUGAAGUCCAGCAAUUAUCAGUGAUUUGAUGACACACAGAACUUGCAAUGCAGGCAAUAAAAACUGUGGAAAAAGAAGUGACUUUUAUAAAGGAAACGCUUUUCACAGAAUCCUUCCUAAAGAAACAGGAAUGCAGCAGAAGCCCAGAGAGCAGGCAGCUCUGUGAGCAGCAGCCAUUGGAAGGAGCUGUCUGCAGCUCGCAGUGCUGUACUGAGCAUGUCCCAGCGGAGCCCAGUGCAAGCAGCACAUUAUGCAAAAAGGCAGCUCUAGCAGAUGGGAGAGAGGCACAGCAAGCAUUUGCUUCACUUGCAUCACCACCGCUUGAAAACAAACCUGGAUUGCUAGAGGGGAUCUUGCCGGCAGGCCAAGGGAGAGAGACCCGGGAGCAUGGCUUGAUUACUGAAGGUGUUGUGUUGCGAAAAAUCAUGGGGAAUCAAGAUGGGAAGCUAAAGAAAAAUGCAGGUGAUGUGCAUGAAGGAGGAGAGGAUGCCUCUGGGCCGAAGGAUACAGAUGGCACAAAGAAGGUAUCGGGAAGCAAAAGGGGACUGGGGAAGCAUGCAAAAGGAAGCGAAUCUGGUAAAAAGAAGGGUAAAUCAGAUUCGAGAGCUUCUGUGUUUUCAAAUUUGAGGAUUAGAAAAAAUCUGUCCAAGGCUAAAGAUGGGAAUAGUAGUUCAAGGGAGGAUGUUUUGGAAAGUCAGGCCUUGCCAGCCGGAGAGCUGGACAGUACUCAUUCGAUCGUUACCAAAACUCCAGAUAUAAGCAUCUCUGCAGAUGAAGGGGGUCUUUCUGAUACAGAUGCUGAACAUUUUGAAAUCAGAAAUGAAACUGUCCCAGUUGCUGCAGAGACACAGGAUGGACAAAGGACCAGCUCUGGCUCUGAUACAGAUAUAUACAGUUUCCAUUCAGCCACAGAGCAAGAGGAUUUGCUUUCUGAUAUCCAGCAAGCUAUUAGACUGCAGCAGCAGCAGCAGGGGGCAAUUAACAUUGGAACGGAGGACCUUGUCACCAAAACAAUGGGCCGACACAUGGCUAAUUCGCAAGCAGCCCCUUUGGAUUUUGAACGGUUUCUUUCAGUAACCGCCACUGACAAAGACAGUAGCCCUGACGCUGUGGAGGCUUUUCCAGCAGUAUCUGAAAUUGUAGAAGACGUUCCUGUUUCCUGUGCAACUGAACGUGAACUGAAAGAAGCAGUAAAUGGAACAGGCUCUCCUGGUAACGGUUUAUUUGAACCACAGGAACGUAAGCAAUUGCCUGAGGAACAGCUCACUGCUGGAGUGGAUGCUGUAGCUUGUGAGCUAGAGGGUGAUUUAAAUAGAACAUUGAUAGAAAAUGGGUCUGAGGCAUGCAGCUCCACAACACAUCCUCCAACCUCAGCAGCAGAUUCUGAGGCUAAAACUGCUGAAGUGCAGGCUGUUGAUUUCCAAGGCUCAGUAACAGAGGUUAGUGCGUCAGAUGCAGGCCAAGAUUAUGCUGCUGAGACUCAGGAAGGGAAACACAUUCCACCAGCCAGUCAAGAGGACUUGCAUAAUGGUUUAUCUAUGGAAAUGAAAAAUGGCACUUUAUCCUCUGAAGGAGCAGCCGGAAGUCCGAUGUUUGGCUCCCGAUGCUUUAAGCCCUAUCUAAUUAAUCCUUGUUACAUCAAAACCACAACUAGGCAACUGAGUUCUCCCAACCAUUCACCUUCUCCCUCCCCAUCUCAGAGCCCGCUUUUUACAAGGAGGCAAGAGUCCUCCCACAAAAAAGAAAAAGUUCCUAUUAAGAAGCAGAGGUCUGCUAGUUUGGCUGGUUUAUUUAGCCGUUCAGCAGACUGGACAGAAGAAGUAUCUAAUCACAGAAGCGAGAUAAGGCAGAAGGUGGGCUCUGCAGGCUACUUGGAGCAUAAGGGAUUUAGUGAGAAAUUUCAAACAGAAAGAGUGCCUUUGACUCAUUCAAGAAAGUCCUCAGGGGUGCAGGCUUCUACAGAGGCAUUUCCCAAUGUCUUUUCAGGUGAGUGA